AUGAACCGGCUGUUCGGCACCAGCGCGCCCAAACCGCCCAAAGCAACGCUCAACUCGGCCAUCUCCAACAUCGACUCGCGCAUCUCCUCCAUCGACGUCAAGCUCGCGUCCAUCAACGCCGAACUCUCGGGGUACCAAGCCAAGCUGGCCAAGAUGCGCGACGGACCGGGCAAGACGGCGCUGAAGCAAAAGGCGCUCAAAGUGCUGCAGCGGCGCAAGCAGUACGAGGCGCAGCGCGACCAGCUGCAGGCCCAGGUGUGGAACAUGGAGCAGGCGCAGACGAUGCAGGACAACCUCAAAAACACAAUGGUCACCAUCGACGCGCUCAAGAGCACCAACAAGGCCCUGAAAAAGGAGUACGGCAAGGUCGACAUUGACAAGAUCGAGCGCCUGCAGGACGAGAUGGCCGACCUGCUCGACGUCGGCAACGAGAUCCAGGAGAGCCUGGCCCGGAGCUACGACGUGCCGGAUGAUGUCGACGAGGCGGAGCUGGAUGCCGAGCUCGAGGCGCUCGGCCAGGAGGUGGAGCUGGAGAGGGAACUGGGGCUCGGGACCGAGGGCCAGUUGCCGAGUUUUAUGCAGGACGAGGUGCCGGAGUUCAUUGACGAGCCGCCGGCGGCUGCGGGGAAAGUGAAGGAGGCUGCGGGCUGA